AUCGUGUUUUGAUUUCAGUGUGAGCGCACGUUUAGUUGUUUGUUGGUCGAAACUACUGUAAUCUUUUGCGGUUAGUUUCGUUCCAGUUUCGUAGAUCAUCGUCCCAGUAUGCACGUUACGGCUAUUGCCACCUUGGAGGGACAUCAAGAUAGAGUUUGGUGUGUGGCAUGGAAUCCUUCUGGCACGAUUCUAGCAAGCUGUGGCGGCGAUAAGAGUAUCAGGCUUUGGGGUCGGGAAGGAGAUCACUGGGUGUGCAAAACAAUACUCGCAGAAAGUCAUCAGCGCACUAUCAGAAGCAUCUCAUGGUCGCCAUGUGGAGAUUUUUUGGCAUCAGCCAGUUUUGAUGCGACCACUUGCAUUUGGGACAAAAAAAGUGGCGAGUUUGAGUGCAAUGCAACGCUAGAAGGGCAUGAAAACGAAGUGAAAAGUGCUGCGUGGUCUUCCUCGGGACGUUAUCUCGCAACGUGCAGUCGGGAUAAAACUGUUUGGGUAUGGGAAGUAUACGGUGAUGAUGAAUAUGAAUGUGCCUCUGUUCAAACUUCACACACACAAGAUGUGAAAAGGGUACUCUGGCACCCAAGCAAGGAGGUUCUUGUGUCUGCAAGUUAUGACAACACCAUUAGGUUUUUUAAAGAAGAUGGAGACGAUUGGGCCUGCUUCUGCACUGGGAGCUCACAUACAUCUACAAUUUGGGGAAUCUCAUUUGAGAAGGACGGCAGGAGGCUGGCAUCAUGCAGUGAGGACAGAACGCUAAAAAUCUGGAAGGAGUAUCCUCCACAAAAUCCAGAAGGCGUCGCAACAAUUGGUGAAGAUCCGACAUGGAAGUGUAUUUGUACAGUAUCUGGUUUCCAUCCACGGACAAUAUAUGAUGUUCAAUGGUGUCCCAACACGGGCUUGAUUGCCACUGCAUGUGGUGACAACAUCAUCCGCAUUUUUGCAGAAGACAGUGCCAGUGACUGUGAGUCACCUACGUUCAGCUUGGCAGCCACUAUCUCAGACAGUCAUGAGCAAGAUGUCAAUAGCAUUGCGUGGAACCCCAAAGUUCCUGGACUAUUGGCGUCCGCGAGCGAUGACGAGAAGGUUCGCCUUUGGCAAGUUGUACAAGACUCCUAAAAGCUUGUGCAAAAGCACACGUAGGUAAGUAUGGUGCUUACGGAUAUGGAGGGAUGAGAGUUUUAUGUAGGGAUGUGUUUGUAUUGUGAAGACCAUACCUGUACUGCUGGGUUUCAGGAUAGCUUUCAACUGUAGCAAAAUGACAGCCUUCUGUAUUGAUCAAAUAUACUGGUUUGGCAUAACAUAAAGGUAAAAGCUGUGGAAGACAGACAUAUGUGUGUUAAUAUGGGCUCCAUCCCAAGCACACGAGACACCUGUCCGAAUAUGAAAGUUCCGAUUGCAGUUGUCGUGUAUUUUAACGACACCUUGGGAAACGACUUCUGUAGCUGUUACCUUGCAUUAGAUUUGACAGUAAUAUGUCAAUACUCUAGAAAUUAAUUCAAUGUUACAGCGAAAGCAAUCUCCUGUUUCGACCACUUAUUCAUCCAGUUCCACACAAAUAUCGCACGCAAAAAUCUGGUAUGUUUCAAGAGCUAUAAAGUAGGGCGAUGUUGGGUGGGAAAGCAGAUUUCCAGGUGGAAAACUAGAAUAAAGCGCUUCUCGCAUUACAGAUGAACACGAGAUGCCGAGCGGGUGAACAGUUCAUACCGUUCUGCAGUGCCCAUAUUGGUGGUGGGUAGAACCAGGUUUAACUCUACGACACAAGGCUCUAAGAGCACAAAGAGCUGCUUACAUCAGCUUACAUCACAGGUAAAAAGUGUAUACAUCACGAUGUGUCAAAGUAUGUGCAAACUGCAAACUGUUGAAGGUACACACACGUUCUACAUUACGGGAGCGAGCGCAAUGUCACCCUUUGCCACUUAAUCUCUUCCGCAGGUGCAUUUCUUUCACGUCGCUGUUUUUCGGUUAGUAAUCAUUAGAGCCUGAAGUUUUCGGGAAAUUUUUUUUUCUAAAUUCGGGAGGUAAAAAUCGGGUUAAUAAACAUGUGCACUAAAUUCAUGCGAAUUCAGGUGAAAAAACUUACAGUAUGCUAAAUUCGGGGAGAAAUCUGGCUCAGUUGCUCAAACUAACUGUAGUGGCUUGGUACAAAAGGUGAUGUAACUGCAUUUGCUGUCAAACAAGAAAGUUAGUGCAUUCCUACAGAUGUCCCAGUGAGGGAAACUUGCCGGGUAAAAAUCGGGUUUCACCCCAAAGAGGCAACCUUCAAUUCAGCGUGCAAAUUCGGGGAAGAAUCUGGUUAAACCCUAAAACUUCAGGCUCUAGUAGUAAUGCAACGCACUGCAAUCUCUGCAUGACGAAUUGAAGAUAGAAUGCUUGAUUGACUAUCUGCAGCAGUAAUCAUUCCAGAAAUGCUCCUGAAUUAGAUGGAAAUUGAUGUUCUGAUGAAGGAUCUCUUGUUCAUCAGUUUCUCUCUGAUGUUCUGAGGCUGGAACACAGAAGAAAGGACAACACAACAUACAAGCCUUAAGUGCCUAAGAACAAUGAGAGAAGGAAGUCACUGAAACUAGCAUAGCUCAGUUGGUAGCGCACUGGACUGGCAAUCCAGAAGAUGUGGGUUCGAGUCCUACAGCUGGCUAACCUUUUCAGUGACUUCCUUCUUUCAUAGUUCCUGAAUUAUCUACAACUACAAUGGAGGCACCAAAAUCUUAAUUUAUGUAAACAAUGAGAAUUAGCCGAGGCAAGCCACAAACAUGGAUGACGCAAACACGUAAGCCUCCAACGCCCAAGAGUCAGUCCUGGCAUCAUCACCCUUUUCCUGAGUUGUUUGAUUUCCUUAAUUUAUGUGUUGCUUCGAAGUAAUUUGUCAGCAUGGUAUAUAAUGGCCCUAGACCCAAGUUGAGUCUUUCUAGUGCAACACUGCUAUUGUGCUUUGUAGGCCAGGGCAUCAAACUUUUGCAACUGUUUGACAAGUCAUGUUUCUGUUUCAACCAUGACACUACAUUGUUGAUGACACCUACAUAGGAGCCCAUAUGUCCAGUAUUUUAAAUUCUUUCUGCAUGUCAUGUCAAGCCAAUGUAUUCUAUCAACAUAGAUCUCUUGUGGCUCUUGGUCAAUAUUUAAAAUGCAAUUUUUAGCUGUAGCUGUCUGUAUCAUGCAGUUUGCGUUGCAUUGUUGAGACCUUGCACUGCAGUUGAAUUAUGCUUUUGGUGGGUAUAUUUUAGGAAUUGAUUGAUCUUAGACAUGAAAAUGGGUUCCAUGUUGAAAGUUUUUUGGUGAUUACAUCUUAAGAAGGGAAGUCUUGUUGAGACAAAUUAGAAAUAUCAUCUUGUCAUAGUUUUCUCACAGCAAGCUGUCCUCUUGAGCUUGCUAAGCGUGAGAAGAAGCACAUUACCGGCUACUUUAAGAUGUGUUUGUCUAAGUUACAUUAUAUUAUUCAUCAUUAUCUUUAGAAUAAACCCGUGAGCAACACCAUACUUUGGGCUUCACAGACGUUUUUGCAAAUGUGCCUUUUUGAAGUGCAAAUACUAUAAAUUCCAGAACAAAUGUGCAUUCAAAGCUUAGGACUAGUCCAUGAAAAUUAUUGAGAGACUUCUAUAUAUCUACAUACAUGUACAUAUUUACCACACUUCUGUUGAGCCCUGCUGCAAGGGGGUGGUAAUUAAGGAAUCACGCGAUGGAAAAUCAUCCCACGCAUUACUCUCCUCUUUCUGCUCUGCAUUAGUGCACAUGACACUUGGUAGACACUAGCCUUUUUGUUUGUUACUUGUUUUUAGCAGGCGUCUCCCAACAUUUCAUCCGCACCUAAUAUUUUGAAAUACGUACUCCGAUCACAGGUGGACAUCCUGUUAAAACCUAAUAGAUAGUGGUAGGUUCUGUAACAGUUAUAAGAUGCCUUGAUUUUUAAUAGUGAAACGUAAAGAAAUGUUUAACCCUCUGUCCUCACAAAGAAGCUGAUGAUCCUACAAGUUGUGUAUGAAGGUUAAGCACUUACUUUUAGGCAUGUGCUACUAUAUAAGUUUCUUUGCAUUUGCUGUAUCUGAAGGAUAGCAUAGAAGCCCAUUGUUAAAAUACAGCAUAAGUAGGGGUGUGCGAAUCCGAAUAUAUUAAGUCGAAUCGAAUAUCGAAUAUUCGUGCAAAAUUUACAAUAUGCGACUUUCGCACUAAACGUUUCCAUUUUGUAGCCCAUGGCUUUGGAGUAAUUUUUCUGGCAUUAACUGUCACAAGAGAGACAUGCAAUUCUUCUGCUAAAAGCCCCUACUCUUUAAUUUUACAUGAGAGUGCUUCCCGCUUUUCAGGUGAGCCUACACUUACUGGAGUACUGGAGUGGUUACCUUCAUUUCAAAAUUUUAUAUCAGGCAGUAGCAUAUUAUACGGAUGAGGUUGUAAUUGUUUCAGACAACCACAGGGCGUUUGUGAAACAACUGGCAUCCUGCCUCAGCUUUGACAUGAACACCCUUUAGUUUCUUUGCACUCGUCCUAGGAAGUUGCACUACUGAAAUUUUAGACUUAAGGGACAUCUUUAAGACACCCUUCUUGUUUGUGAGAUGUAGUCAUUAUUCAAGAGUCCUAACUUUUUAAAGGCAACCUCACAGACAUCAAAUCAAGUCCUUCGUCGGCACUGCUAAACUGCAUGUGGGAGGGGCGCCACCCCGUCCACAGACGAUGUCUACAAAACUAACUUUGGAUAACUUUAUCUUAAACUAAACACUGUCCCCACUGUGUUGGUCCUGCAGCAAGGGCAAUUUCGUAAAGGAGGCUUCACCUCAUGCACGGAAGCAUCAGUUGAAGCCCACUUUCGGGUUGUGUCGUUCAUAUUCGUGGAAUAGUCGAAUAUUCGAAAAAUCGAAUAUUGGAUAUUCGAUUCGCGAAUCGAAUAGUUCCAGCGUUUGAUAUUCGAUUCGAAUUUGAGAACUCGAAUAUUCGCACACCCCUAGUUAUAAGCUAUGGUUAUGAGUUAUUACACAAAUGUGCCUGCACAUAUGGUAAAAGGUUCUUGCAACAGUGUUUGCAGUGAGACUCAGCAAUUUUAGUUUAAUCAACACUGUGGUACAUUUGGAAAGCAGCGUGUUCAUUUAGUUGGCAGAGCAUAAUGUAAAACUGAGAAGUUCAUAUUUCCACUGAGCGUCUGAUGUUGAGUAUUCUUUGAAGACGUGCAACCAUUUCGAUUCUGGAUCUUUUGAAGUCUGUUUCAAAGAACACUAUGAAAAGAAUGGAGGACAAAGCUUGAAGCCCUGCUAUGCACAAGAAGGGAUCUGAAAGAAAUAUUUUUAUAGCUAUUACAUUUCACGUAAGAGAAUUGAAAGAGGAAUGCAUUAGAACUGGUGAUUGACAAUUUUUGAUCUGCUGAAAAGUGGUUAUUGUGUUUCCAGCUCUGUACUUGAUUGCAUGUUGGUGAAACCACUACAACUGUUCAGAUGGAUUUUACACGGGAUGCAGCUGGUAGAGGUGUGUGCUUCAAUAAAAGCUAUGUAGUUAGAA